CUCCUUCCCUCUCCUCUUCUCUCCUCUCACCAUCUUCCUGUCUUUUUUUCUCCUCCUUCUCCUCCACCACACUCAUACUGUACACACCUGGCUUCCUUUUUUGCGAAUCACUUUCUCUGUUUUUGGCCAAAAUGUACCGGAACCCGUGGAUCAGCAACUACUUGAGCCAUGUCAAGUUCUGCCAAGGACUUGUGGGGGACACUCCAACCAAACUUGGGACCCCCAAGCUUCAGCAGAGCAGGUCACUCAGCUUUCAGAAGGACCUGUGUAUUGAGGACUCUGCUGACCUCAUCCAGAACAGUAAGGACAUCAAUGUCAAUCUCUUGCCUGUUCUUCCCAAAGUUUCAGAACUGAGGAAGCGUUUUGAGAGCAUCAGCACCAGUGCCAGUGACUGGGAAAUGAACCGGAAAGAGCGGAUAUCGCGGCGUCUGGAGGGGAUCGAUGGCGAGCUCCAACUGUCCAGCUGCACCAGCCUGGUGUCCAACCGGCUCCUCGAAGAAGACACUCCCAGAUACACUCGCGCCAACGAUGCCUGCGACCCCUGCAUGGUGUCCAUGCAGCGCUCCAUGAAGUCUGACGGUGACCUGUCAUUGGACGAUCAGGUACUUGCGUCGGAGCGCCAGUCUCGCCCGCGCACACGCACCGACGUCCCUCCCACCGCGCCCAGCCAGGGUCAGAGCCAGGUCCCGCUCGCUGGCGACUCCAAGGCCGAGCGCAUCGCCCGCUACAAGGCCGAGCGUCGGCGGCAGCUGGCCGAGCGCUACGGCAUCUCCCUGGAGCCCGAGGCCGAGCCCGACUACUCCACGCGCUACUCCGCCGCCCGCCGACGCCAGUCGGAUGCGUCUGACCGCACCGCCACCUCCGACCGGCCCGCGUCCAGGGAGGAGGAGGAGGAGGAGGUCAGGGGUCAGAGGUCGGCUCGCUCCUCCAGCCUGCAGACGCCGCGUGGGCCCGGAGCGGCGACGCAGCAGCAGCACACGCACGCGUACACCCACUCGGCGGAGCGUGUGGAGGCGCUGUCGGAGCGCGAGCGCCGCAUGAACCUGGAGAACCAGCGGCGGGCACAGGAGAGGGGCAUGAUGGGAGGCGCGUGGCGUGGCGUGGGCGUGGCCUCGCAGGACACCUCGUCCUACAUGGACGUGUCGGGCUCCUCGCACAAGUCCACCACCUCAUCGCCAGGGGAUCUGUUCAUUGAGCAGCAGGCGCAAAGCAUCCUGCACAGACAUGGCCCUAGCUGGUCACUGCAGACUGACCGGGAGGGGGACACCCAGUCCCUCAUCAACUGGCCCUCCAGAAUCCGUGGCAGGGAACGUGUUGGCUCUCGUGAGCCACACACACACACCUCACCUGACCCCGCCUCCUCCUCCGCACGCCCACACCUGGCCGCCACCCUGCCCUCGGACUCCUACCUGUCCAUGAGCACGGGCCAGGAUCAGGAGGUCAAGGGAGGAGGCGACCCGACAGGUCGCGUCCUUGGCGGCGCCAGUGUGGACGAGCCCCGUCGCCGUCCUCGAACCCUAGAUCCCCUACGAGCCACCGUCAUCAGCCCCGGCGACGCCGAGAUGUCGAAUGACGCUGCCCGCAGCAGCUGGCCCCACCCGCCUUGGGGCGCCUCCCCCGCGGAGAUCGGAGGCCCGGAGACCCCUAUCUGUCCCAUGGCCCAACCGCAGCUCCUUCCUGCAGGGAAACAGCGCCACCUACCAGCGCAAGGAGGAACUUGCUGGGCCCGACGGGUCCGCAGCGACGCACGACCAAACGGGAGGCUGCCACCGCCACGGGUCCCGGCCGCGGCGCCGUGGAGAUCAGACAGGGUGGGGCGUCGCCCCCGGCGAUACAUCUCGCCCACCGAGAAUAGAAAGAGCUCGGAGAGGUUUAGGACCCAGCCAAUCACUUCUUCCGAACGGCAGGAUUCCGAUAGGUCUGCUGUGAGCCCGGAACCUUCCACCGGUGAAGUGGAUGAUGAGAAGCUGGACGAGAGGGCAAAGAUGAGCGUGGCUGCCAAGCGAUCUCUAUUCCGGCUUUAGAGCGAGGUGGAAGCAAGGUGCCCAAAGCCGUGGGCCAGUCGUAACGCAGCCGUGGAGCGCAGGCUGAGAAGAGGGCAGGACCGAUCACGCACCCAGCCAAUCACCACCGAGGAGGUGGUCAUUGCUGCCACCCUGCAGGCGUCAGCGCAGCAGAGCCGAGAGGCGUGGCGUGAGCAGCAGGAGCAGAGUGAGGCCCAGGCUCAGGUCCAGUCCCGGUCCCGGUCCCGGGUCCAGGCUGUGCCCAGCAGCACCGUCUCCCCGGACGUGGCGAGCGAUGAGCCUGACCUGUCCACGCUCAGCCUCGCGGAGAAGAUGGCGCUGUUCAACCGGCUGGCCCAGCCGGCCCCCGUCGUGCCCCGCGGUCGCGGAGACACCAGGGCGCGCCGUAGCAACGCACGCUACCAGACCCAGCCCAUCACCCUGGGGGAGGUGGAGCAGGACAGUUUCUCUGAUUCUGAUCUGAGUGACAUGGUGGUAGAGGUGUCAGACGACGAGCUUGAACACCUGCAGAGCGGUUCUAACGCAGGUUCCAAGUUCUCCUCUGCGCUCCAGCACACCACCGUCUCAACGGCGCACGCCGGCGACCUCCAGCUGGCCUCUGCUGCCCCCGGUGGUGGCAAUGGGUACUACGAGCGCACCACCCCUGCCCACGAACCUCCAGCCCCGCAAGGGCCUCUGGACCGGACCCCAGCCCAGGCGGAGCAGCCGUACCUGGGCAGCAGCAGCAGCAAGCGGAAGCUCCCCUCUCCGGAGACCAGCGUCAGACAGCCUGCUCUCCCCCAACCCACAUAUACACACGCGCACGUGCAGCCUGCGGCGUACACACACACACCCUCUCACAGCCGUGCCACAGAGCACCUGCCCAGGGCAAAGGCUAAAGGGUCAGACCUUCCGGAGCUCACAGCGUCAGUGCGUUCUGUGGAGGCCCCGUCACAGCAGCAGCCGUCUCCCAGCAGCAGGCACACACACACACACACGCAGACACACACACACACGCAGACACACACACACCCUGCUCACGCACACACACAGCCCGCAGCACAGCAGCAGCAGCAGCAACAUCAGAACCCCGCGUGGCGCACAGACGAAACAGACCUUCCGGAGCUCACAGCGUCAGUGCGUUCUGUGGAGGCCCCGUCACAGCAGCAGCCGUCUCCCAGCAGCAGGCACACACACACACACGCAGACACACACACACACGCAGACACACACACACACCCUGCUCACGCACACACACAGCCCGCAGCACAGCAGCAGCAGCAACAUCAGGAGCCCGCGUGGCGCACAGACGGUGGGAGAGAGAGAGAGAGAGAGAGGGAGCGAGAGAGGAGAGAGGACGAGGACGAGGACGAGAGAGUCACAGACGUCCAGACGACAGAUGAGCUUGAAGACGUCAUGUCUGCCAGACAGAUGUCCAUCAAAGAGAGGCUGGCCCUCCUGAUGAAGAAUGGCGAGGAUGACUGGAGGAACCGCAUCAACAGGAAACAGGAUGUGGUGCGGGUGGCCAUCUCCGAGCGCCAUGCCCAGCUCUGGGAGGUGGAGCAGAGCUUCAAGAAGAAGGAUGGAGGGAUGAUGAUAAAUGACUUUGCAGUGUCUGAUCAGCUCUGGGAUCCUGUCUUCUCCUCUGCCCUCUCCCUCACUGAUGACAGCCAAGUGGGCUUUGCUCCUCCCGGCCAGGCGAGCCCCCCCUACUCUCCCCUCAUGGAUGACCGGCACCCCUGGAGACGGAAGAGGAUUGGGGAGGAGGCUGAUCGAGUGGAGAUGAGCAUUCAGGAGCGCAAACGACUCAUCUGUGCACAACAGGAGGCAUCCAGGGUCAAAGGUCACGGAGUCGCCAACGACUCCACGCAGUUCACUGUGGCCGCACGCAUGGUCAAGAAAGGUUUGGCAGAUCCUACUGCGCUAAGUUGCCCUGCACCUGCUGUCCUAACCUCAAAGAACAAGAACCACACGCAUCCUAUCAAGCCACAAGAAGAGAUUGAGGUCAGGGGGAAUGUGACUGUGGAAUCAGACAAGAAAUUGGACAAGCUGGAGUCUUUCCUUGACAGGCUCAACAACAAAGUGGCCGGUCUGCCAGAGUCCACUCUCACCGUGAUUCCGAAGGGUGUAAAGGAGGUGAUGCAGCUGGACGACGAGAUCUUCUCCAAGUUCUACACACACACGCAACAGAUCAGCGCACACUCUGCCGCCCUGGAGUUUAGUGGCGAUUUCGACGCCAUCUUCGAUCCAAGUACUCCCAAGUUGACGUCUGAGAUGGUGCAGCACAAGCGGGCGGUGCGGCCGCUGAAGAAGGUGCAGUCGUCACGGAACCCGCUGAAGAUGCUGGCCGCCAGGGACGACAUCCGGCACGAGUACACCGAGCACCGGCUCAACAUCGGCCUGCUGGAGAGCAAGAGGAUGAAGCAGGACAAGAUAAAUAAAGGCUCUGGCGGUUUCUCGGACGUGGCGCUGGCCGGCCUGGCCAGCAAGGAGAACUUCAGCAACGUGAACCUGCGCAGCGUCAACGUGUCCGAGCAGACCUCCAACAACAGCGCCCUGCCUUACAAGAAGACCAUGCUAGUCCAGGUCAAAGGUCGUCGUCAUGUGCAGACGCGUCUGGUGGAGCCCCGGGCCUCUUCUCUGAACAGCGGAGACUGCUUCCUGCUCAUCACCCCACACCACUGCUUCAUCUGGACCGGAGAGUUCGCCAACGUCAUCGAGAAGGCCAAGGCUGCCGAGCUGGUACAGUUUAUCCAGACAAAGCAUGACCUUGGCUGUCGGGCGUCGUAUGUCCAGGCCAUUGAGGAGGGCACGAACACAAGCAGUCAUGCGGCUAGAGACUUCUGGAAGAUUCUAGGAGGCCAGAGCAGCUACCAACCGGCAGGCCCUCCGGAGGAGGAUGAGCUGUAUGAGAGUGCCAUAGUAGAGACCAACUGUGUGUAUCGGCUGGUGGAGGACAAGCUGCAGCCGGACGACGACUUCUGGGGCCGAGUCCCACGCUGCAGCCUGCUGCAGUCCAAAGAGGUGCUGGUGUUUGACUUUGGCAGUGAGCUGUACGUAUGGCAUGGGCGUGAGGUGACGCUGGCUCAGAGGAAGGUGGCCUUCCAGCUGGCCAAGCACCUGUGGAACAGCAGCUUUGACUACACCACCUGCGACAUCAACCCCCUCGACCCGGGGGAGUGCAACCCACUCAUCCCCAAGAAGGGCCAGGGUCGUCCUGACUGGGCAGUGUUUGGGCGCCUGACUGAGCACAACGAGACGACUCUGUUCAAGGAGAAGUUCCUGGACUGGACGCAGAGAGUGCCAAGCAACCAGCAGAACACAGACAACAAGGAGCAGAGCGGUCCAGAGCUCAAACCGUACAACGUCUCCGUGAUGCUUGCGGCCCCCAGAGCUCCGGUGCGGACGGUACUGGACGGCACUGAUGUGGGGCGGGGCUACGGCAUGGUGGACGGUGAGGAUGGCCGCAGCUUUGAGGUCAGCACGCUAGGGGUGGAGGCGUGGCAUAUUCUGGAGUUCGACUACAGCCGACUGCCCAAUCAGAGCGUGGGGCAGUUCCACGAGGGCGACACCUACGUGGUCAAAUGGAAGUAUAUGGUCAGCACGGCAGUGGGGAAGCGUCUGAAUUCGGAGCGUGUGAUUGGUCCAGGGAAGGAGCGCUGUGUGUAUUUCUUCUGGCAGGGCCGCAGCUCCAGCGUCAGCGAGAAAGGAACGUCCGCUCUCAUGACCGUCGAGCUGGACGAGGAGAGAGGAGCACAGGUCCAGGUGUUACAGGGGAAAGAGCCACCGUGUUUCCUGCAGUGUUUUAACGGAGGCAUGAUUGUCCACUCAGGAAAGAGAGAGGAGGAAGAAGAGAACUCCCAGAAUGACUGGCGUCUGUACUGUGUGCGUGGCGAGCGGCCCAUAGAGGGCCACCUGCUGGAGGUGGCGCAGCCAUUGCAGCGUCGCUCAAGGGCCAAGGCAGUGCCUGCAUGGUGCUGCCAAUCGCCAACACCGCCACUCCUCUACCUCUGGCACGGCUGCAAGACGAUUCACGCGACACGCCGCUGGUGGUGGGACUUUACCACCGCCAACAAGAUCAAGGAGAGGUGUCCUCUGGAGGCGGGACUCCACUGCAGCAGUAACGUGAACAUUCAGGAGUGUGAGGAGGGCUAUGAGCCAACCGGCUUCUUCGAUGCCCUUGGGGGGCGGGACCGACGCGCCUACGACUGCAUGCUGCAAGAUCUGGGGAAGUUCCGCUUCACCCCGCGUCUGUUCCAGCUGAGCAGUAGUUCUGGGGAGUUUGUGGCUCAGGAGCUGCUGUGUCCAUUCAGAGUGUCGAGCCAGACCAACGCACUGCCCUUCCUACAGGAGGACCUCUACACAGCACCACAGCCAGCGUUGUUCCUGGUGGAUAACCAUCACGAGGUGUACCUGUGGCAGGGCUGGUGGUCCGAGGCCAGCGAGAGCACCGGCUCCGCACGCAUCCGCUGGGACGCCGACAGGAAGUGCGCCAUGGAAACCGUCCUCCAGUACUGCAAAGAGAAGAAUGAGGUGAAGCCUCCUAAGUCGUACCUGAUCCACGCAGGGCUGGAGCCCCUCACCUUCACCAACAUGUUCCCCUGCUGGGAGCACAGACCAGACAUCGCCCAGAUCACUGAGAAGGAAGCAGAGGUGUGCAAUCAGAUCAUCCUAGUGGAGGACGUCCUGGCCCGCCUCUGCAAAGAUACCUACCCAUUGGCCGAUCUGUUGGCCCGCCCCCUGCCAGCAGGCGUUGACCCACUGAGACUGGAGAUCUACCUAUCAGACGAAGACUUUGAGGGUGUAGGGUGGUAGGAGAAGAAAGCACUGGAGAUGACGAGGAGUGAGUAUGAAGCACUGCCGGCAUGGAAGCAAGUGAAGAUGAAGAAAGCCAAAGGAUUGUUCUGAUGGACAUAAAGACAUUAAGACAGAAUGCGUGGGUGUGUGUGUAUGUGGGUGUGUGUGUAUGUGUGUCUGUGUGUGUGGGUGUGUGCACCAGCUUGAGCAUAUGAGUCCUGACUUGUCACUCACCAAGGUGGUUGGAAAGUCAUUCCGGGACCUUUUAACGUUUGACCUUUGAACUUUGACCUGGAUGGAUUGGUGGACUUGCACGGAAUCGGACAGUUCUGUGUAGACUGGAAGCGAGGGAGCAAAGAAGGAGUAAAGAAGAAGAGGAGGAGAGAAAGAGAAAAAAGAGAGAGAGAAGGUGAUCAGAGAUGGAGGUGUGCCAGCCUCUUAAAAAAGUUUUGUCCUUUUGUUCUGUUUGGUCUGUUGCUUUCUUUUUUUCUUUCCUUCUUAUUAGUAGCAGAGUGAACACUUAGUGUACUUUCAUUUGUGUGUGUGAGAGAGAGAGAGAGAGUGUGUGACUGUGUGAGAGAGAGGAAGAAAGAGAGAAAGUGAAGUGUGUGUGUGUGUGUGUGUGUGUGUGUGUGUGUGUGUGUCUUGAUUCAUAACAAAUCUUGUUAUUUAUGUAAAGGCAUCAGAGAAAACCUCCUUCAGUGUUGCUCCAGAAUAGAAGGGAGGAGAAUAGUGUGUACAAUAGGAAAUAUAAAUGAGUGUGUGAUGAGGAAUAUGCUUGUGUGACCUGUGUCGGGGCUGUGUGAGUGUGUGUGUGUGUGUGUGUGUGUGUGUGUGUGUGUGUGUGUGUGUGUGUGUGUGUGUGUGUGUGAAAUAUCAGCUAUGUAUUUCUGAUUAUUUUUUCAUUUGUUACACACACACACACACAUGCACACUAGAAAAUGAUAUGACUCGUAUUUCUGCACUCACUAGGACCUACUCUUUUGUGUGUGUGUGUGUCACCUUCAGAUGUUUAGUGCCUUGCUUUUAUGUACAGUUUUUACCCAGAGAGAUGCUAGUCUGCAUUUGAAAGACUGCCUUUGUGAUAAAAGAGUAUUAGAAUGAAAUGAAUAAACACUGACUAUUAUUAAUAAAUCUCAUGAAUCUC